GACUUGUUAAAAUCGAAACUAAAUUCAGUAGAUGAUUUGUGUUCCAUUGUCGUGCAGAAAUUUGUAUUAUUGUACGUGCAGUUGCUGUGUGAAAUAGAUGGCGCAUGUGAAAAAAAAUCGAAAAACUGACGCGAAGCAAAAUCCUGAAUGGAUUGCUGGAACAUUAUGUGGAAUCUGCAAAGAGAAAUCGAUCUUUAUAAGGCCGAGCAAACCGUUACCCGAGACUUACAAUAAGAGCAAGGAUGUAUAUUUGCAUUCCAGUAAGACGUCAAAAUAUGCCUUACCCCUCAAACGUGGAGAUAAAGGUGAAUUUGUCCUUGGAAUCGUCAACAAAGAAAAACCAGAGGCCCAGAAAUUUAGGGCUACGGUUUAUGGGCCACGAACCUACGAGGAACUCCUGGAUUAUUUUGACCAAUAUACGGAAGUUUUGAAGUCAACGGAUUGUAAGAAUGCACUACUUGAAACACUGUCGAACACAGCGAUGUGGAAGUUUUUGGGAUCGCCUUCUUUUGCAUCUGACGAUCACAUCAUGCAGUUGCACUACACCCAGGAAUUUCUUCAUUUGUUGCAAUUGAUUUUACGUGUUGGUAAACAAUUCAAAAACCAUUUGGAACUAGUGAUGAAAACUGUAGUUCAAGGAGUAUUUUUCAGCUCCUCCAGAGAUGGCCCGUCCUUGGUAUCCAUUAUAAAGCAAAGUAACUAUACAAGUUUUGCUACAUCCGAUUUACUCUACGUUCGCGACACACACUACUCAAUUUCAGAUGAGCUGAUCAAAAACUUUUGUAUUGAUGUGGUUCGUCAAGUGCCAGCGGUCUCUCGUUGUCUUUUGCCCGUGGUUCGUGUCAUCAGCGAAGAAAAGUCUGAUGCAUCCAGUUUCUUGUUUGAGUUCCUAUCUUUGGCUUUGUCAGGAGAUAGUUCAAUGGUCAGCAAUGAAGAUGUUUGGCAAGAUCUACCAUUCAUUCCGACUGAUAAUGAAUUAGCCGGCAGCUUGGUUCAAGAGGACAGGCAUCUGUCUAAGGUGAGGAACACUUACAGCAGUUCAGAGACGUAUAUGGAUACCUACUUUAGACUUCUUCGUGCUGAAACAUUUUCUGCCAUACAAAUUGGUAUCAAGCAGUUUAAAGAAUCAAAACUAGACAAGCGAGACAUGAACGUGUAUCACCACGUUCGAUUGGCAGGUUUUCAGAUCCAAAAUGGCCGCUUCUCUCUAGUUGUCCAAUUUACUUCCGAUCGACCGGUGAAGAGCUGGAAGUCAUGCUCUCGUUUGAUGUUUGGAAAUUUGAUUUGCAUAUCGUUCAACAAAAAAUUCGAUGACGUCAUUUGGGCAGUCGUGGCUAAUAGAGAUGAAGAUAUGUUAUACAAGCAUCAAAUCAUCACUUUGGAUUUAAUAGAAGAUAACAAUAAGAAAAUGAGCGAUGUUUUUUCUUCAUUGCAAGCUCAUGCAGCGGCUCGUUCAGUGACACCAAAGGAAGAUUAUCUUGAAGAUGUGGAUAAAUAUCUUUGAGCAAUGCCGAAAACUUCGGAAGCAUUCGGUUUUGCUUUUUGAGUGAUUUGUAUGGGAAACCAGAUUCUAUCAAUCAUUCCAUCAUGGAAACAUCAAAUGAAACGUUUUGCAAAGCUCAUAUGUGUCGACUUGUGGCCUAAGUUGCUUAUGAUCCCCGAUAGGUAUGAGAUGUUGAAUGGAUGGCGUGAGCGCAACCAGCAAACUAGGCUCGAGUGUUUCAGCGGCUUCCUUAAAGAUCACGACACUUGGAUCAAUCUGGUAAAGUAUAUCAUGAUAAAUUGACGCCCCUAUGAUAGUUACACCAAUGAUCUUCUUUUCUGACAAGUACAAAACUUUGUCGGUCAUUUCUAACUCCUCUUUUCGACUUCUCAGUUUUUGCAACUGGUCUAUUAAAUCAUUCAGUUCUUGGGACAAGCUAUUUGUUUUCUCAUUCAUUAUGGCAUAAAGAAACUGCAGUUUCUGAAACUCGUUCAAAGCCCACAUGUUUUGUACGGAGCGUAUUUGGGAAUUCACGACCAUAUUAGGGGGAUAGUCUGAAACACUAAGCAAUAUAUCGUUCCUAUUCUUUGUGUUUGUUAUAUCAAAAAGAACUAAGUCUUUCCUACGAUCAAUUUGCUGGGCUCUUGCUCCCAUUCUUAUUUCUGUUAAUUGUUUUACAUAAUCUUCGUCACCGCUGUCAUUUCCACGGAGCGUUGAAGAUUAAAAAUUUUAGUUGCUCUUCUUCCAUCUCUUCAACUAGACUGCUAUACGUAAGGAACGAGCUUCUCUCCAGUUCUUUGACAAUUUGCUUUGUUUUCACUUAAAUGUUGUCGAUUUCAACAGAGGUGUUCCUUAUCUCAGUGUUCGUGGCUUUAUAGUAAACAAUUUCUUUCCAAAGACGUUUUAAUUUAAAAUAUUCUAAUCGAGGUUCUUUCGAUCGACCUCCAAUCCUGACCAUAUCAUUAAUGUUACAAAACUCCAACAUGUGUUUGAGAAACUCGUCAAGAGCGUGGUUCUUGUACGUCAACAGUAAAAUUGGUUUCUCCAAUUUUGGAGACAGUGAUAGCAGCAACUGAACUAUUUUCACACCAAUAAAAGUUUUACCACAGCCUGGUGGACCUAAAUGCAAGAAAAUCAUGUGAAGGUUGAAUGUGUAUAAAUAAUUUUAUUUUUUUGUCUAAUGCUAAAGUCUUGCAAACUUUCUUCGUGCAAAAAGAUAUCUGUAAACAUCAAAUUCAACAUUGGUGAAUUAAAUCAGGAAAUAUAACAAUGUUGAUUUCUUGACAA